AUGGUAAGCCAUCUGUCAUCUGUGAUCAUCUUUCAAGCGACAUCUUCAGUUAUUUCAAUUCAAAAAGAUUCUUGUCAAGAGAGUUGCUACAGCAUUAACGGACUGGUGAUUGUUACUCAUUUAAAAGUCCUACACCAAAGCAUCACUGCGCUCAGUAUACGUUCCCUUCAAUAUGCUUGGGCUACGAGGGCGUAUGAGGAGGGUCAAUCGAGGGUCAAUCGAGGGUCAAUCAAUCCACCAGGAGACCGAUCAACUUCAUUCGGCACAAACUCCACAGAAAGCGCUGAUGAAGCGGUGAAACCAGCUUCAAGCGACAAUGUUUUGAGCGUAUUUGCCCCAGACAACCUUGUCUCUACUUCAGUAUGGCUCCGGGAAAUCGGGAAACGACCUUUGGAAGACAAUAUUCUACAACCAUUGUAUCUCAACAAAGAGGAAGCAGAGUUCAUCAAGUCAUCUACUACGUCGCUCUACCAAACACUGAAACCAUGGCAAAGACGUUUGCUCAUUCUUCUACCCGGGGAGCCCGGAUCUCGACUGAAAUGUAGUCUCAUUGAGGUCGACGUUAUAGACGGACACGGACUUGGGAUUGUUGAGACUUCGGAGGUGGCCAACUUCGAAGCCCUCUCUUAUGCCUGGGGAAACUCAGAACCUGUUUGUUCAAUGACUUGUAACGAAAUCCCGAUUGGAAUUGCAAAAGAGCUGGCAACGGCUUUGCGAUACCUUAGAUCAAGCACCAUCAACAGACAUCUUUGGGUUGACGCAAUCUGUAUCAACCAAGAGAAUCUGGUUGAGAAAGCUCAUCAAGUCAGGAAUUUGCUGCGCAUUUUCGAGAAAGCAAACGCCGUCAUCGCGUGGAUCGGUCAGCUGGAACCAUCGUCUGGAAGGCUUUACGAUGCUCUCCAGCCCAUGAAGGAUCAACUGUAUCAGAUUGAAUACCGGGAGCUUGAUUCGACUUGCAGAUUAGUUGCUGAUGAAGUUAUCGAUGCUCUCAAUGCUCGGCUUUCCAGUGCGUGGUUCGUCAGAACGUGGGUUAGACAAGAGGUAUUUGCUUCUAAAAGGUGGAAUCUCCAAUUCGGACAGUAUCAGCUAGACUUUGGGACCUUUCUUGACGGCAUAGCACGCUUACUUGGUAUUUUUGGCGGCCAAAAUAUUGCCGUGCCGUCCGCGCUAGAUGUUUACCAGCGAGAAUAUCAGCAUUGGGGAACGGAUCGACCAAACUUCAGGUUUCAAGGAGAACUUCAGGGCUAUUUAACCCAUUGUGUAAAUGUCCUCAGUUUAGGUGCUCUUUUCCAAGUUUCAGAUGAGAGAGAUAUAAUAUAUGGCACUCUAGGACUCCUUACUAGCCCUUCGGUCAAAUUCUUUGCUCAGCUACCGACAAGCCUUGAAACGUUGGCUGUAGGAUUCCCCGUCAAUUACAACAAAACGUUAUCAGAAGUCUACGAAGACGUAACCAAGUUUUUUAUAAACAUGAGUGGGAGUUUGGAGGUUCUUGAUGUCUUCAGGGACAGAAAGUACUUGGAGAGUGGAGAUAUACCCUUUUGGGGGACAGAAUGGGGUGUUGAAAGGGACGAGUUCUACGCGCUUCCGUCCGCCGAAUACGAAAGCCACGAUUCUGUAUUGCCUCCACAGCAGCUUUACACCGAGGCAGGUAGACUGGAAAUGAAAGGCGUACGGAGAGCUGGUCAUCUAGCGUCGCUUAAUCGGAGAAAGGAGAUCUCGCACCCUCGAGACCGGUUUAAGCCCAAAUAUCGAAAAUCCAUUACUAUUCAAGAUAUAAUGCGGGGACCAACACGACGUGUUUCUGGUGGUUUGACCAAAGAAAUUCAAAACCCGACCUACUCAGUGGUCUUCACUCACGUCCAAGAAGCCGAAGAUUCCUUUACCCUUAAAAACAUCCCGAUCAAAUCCCAUGAAUUAGCUCCAGAUUUCGCAAGUCUCUUGGCUGGAGAGAGCUAUGUCUUCGCCUAUAUUGAAGAUCAUCCUGGGGAUGCUUCUUUCGAUCUCGCAGAUCUCCAUCUUUUGGUUCCUCGUACGGAAUCACUCGACGAUAUCAUCGUGUCUCUUUACGGUAGCAGGUGUUUACAUCUUCUCCGUCCGGUAUUUGGUACUUCGGCAGAAUACAAGUACCUUGGUCCUGUGGCUGGUAUCGCUUGUGGCCAAGAGUUGACCCUGAAAUACGGCUCUAGGCCGAAGAAUUCCACCAAACGACUUUCUAAGCGAGGUGUUCAGGGCCAAGAAACCUUCUUCCUCAUUUAA